AUGGCCCCAGCAAACGGCGCAUCAAAAGUUAUACAGAACCGCCCAAGGCCUGCAGUUGCGAUGCCGAAAGGCAUUGUCCCUGCUCUGCCUCUUUCCUAUGUUAAAAUUCAACAAAAGAAACUACCUAUUCGAGAAAAGGCGAAAGAAAUUAAUCCCCCCUCCUCGACAGCUCCAGCGGUUCAGGCGCCCGUUACAUCAGUUCCAACUACAAAUAUACCUUCCGCACAUGCCGAUGAACCCCAUCUUGAAGAGAAACUUUCCGAAGUGAUCAAAGAGUCUCCCAAGCCUAUUGCCGCAGCAGUUGCCGAUAUCUCAUCUAUUGCGGAAUCACUGGAUGGACUUAGUUCUACUGAAGGCGGAGUUACACUGGGCUCUACUGGACGUAGUUCUACUGAACGCGAAGUUGAUGGGAAAUUUGUUACUGUGAUUGAAAUCAAGGCAGACGAUUCCCGAGAGGAACAGCACUCUGCUCCAUCCGAAACUCAAUCAACCACAUCGAGAUCAACUUAUCAAUUGCCUCCACCAUUUGUUCCCGCCAGCAAUUUGUCCACCAUGUCCUCUGAGUCUGCCCAAGUUCCACAACAUGUUGCCUUCAAUGGCCAACAUCCAAUGCACCACGCGCAUCCUAGCAGUUCAGUCCCGAUGUUUGGUGGAUAUCCUGAUUCCAGCAAUUCAUCCCCAGCUCCACCUUCGAGCGCUGGCAAUAUUCCACCUUAUACUUAUGCGCAGCAAGGUGGUGUGCGUCAUGGUCCUCAUCCCUCGAACGGCGGCCACCAGCACCACAUGUCGAACGGUUUUUCACCCAUAACUCCAGCAUUCCCCCCGGGAUUUUACCACCACCAGGAGGGCUUUCAGGUUGGUCCAACCGAUGACUUCCUUCGUAGACAAAUGCUACAAUUUGCCCCUUCUGAAGGUUACUCGCCAACUGGUGUUCCUCGCAUCGCAGAGAGUCCUCGUUUCAACGGUUUUGAUCCGGCGAUUGCGCACAACAUCCAUGGAUCUCGGUCAUCGGCACAGAUUGAUCAAGAGAACGGUCUAGGUCCCCAUUACGGCCAACAUCCAUCUACAAUUCCACCAAUGGGUCCGCCACCUUAUCGUGGAGUUCUCGGUUACCCGCGCAAAGAAGAAAUUCCUUGGGCAGGCGGCAAUCGUCGAGACCUUUGGUUUCAUCUUCGUGAGCAGUUUGCACAACCAGAAUUCUCCGACUGUGUUCUCGAGCUACGUUACUCUGAUGACCGUGCCGCUCCUCUUCAGAUCAGUGGUCAUAAAUUGAUCUUCGCUCGCAGUUUCGUAUUGAAAAGCCUCAUCACAUCUGGAGCUCGCGCAAACUGUGCUUCACCACUACCUUUCCAGAAUAUCUUGAUUGAGUCGGAUGAUCGUUACUUGCGUUCUGAUGCCUUUUCCUUAGCGGUUCGAUAUCUCUAUGGCGGACCUAUAUUGGACUUUGAUGCAAUGGCCCGCUUUCCGGCUCCAUACAUUGGAUCAGCUCCCAUGCCAUCAACACCAGCCGAACGUUUUGACUUCGCGCUGGGUUAUGUAGCAUCAGGGGCUAUUCUUCAGAUUCCUCAAAUUUGGAAGACUGGUUGCACUAUUGCGAGUCAACUCAUCACUUGGGAUACUGCUGAGAAAGCUUUCGAAUUUGCACUUGAAGGAGGCAUUGAUUGGUCGUGGACCCCAGGAACCCCGGAUGCGAAUGAUGUAAUCGAUCCUCUCUUCAAUUCUAGAAUUCCGCAAGUUCCAGAUGACAGACCAAGUCCCGCAGACCCACGUUUGAGCUCUAUCAAAUUCGGCGACCAUCCUACAGAAGAGAGUCUUCGCUCCCCCUCUUCGGAUCCUAUUACUGCUACGUUGUCAAAACUAUUACUUAACUUGCCAUUUGGUCCUUUGAAGCAUGUAUUGGAAACUGGAAAUGGUGGUGUCAUUCAUGGCCAUGCAACUCAUGUAGUUCGACGAAAGGUCAUGUAUCCUGUCAUCGAGGAGCGUGAGAAGAGAAGACAAAGAGCCCUUGCUAGCAAAGUACCGGACGAGGAGCGAAUCAAGAAUGGAUGUCAGUGGAAUAUAGUUGGCUGGAAAGAGGCAGUUCUCCCGUUUGAUGAUUAUCGCAACGAAGAGGUCCCAUGUUUGAGAAAGACUUGGGUCGGUUUUACAAAUACUGAAAGCAAGUAA